UCACAGGCAUAUCCACAUGCACAAUAUCCAUAUAGUCCACACUUACACUUACCAAACCAAACCCAACCAUGUCAACCAUUCCACCCUUAACUCUCCCAUUCUCCACCCCCCUCUUCUCCUCCUCCCCCUCCCCUCACCCCCACCUCCUCUCCCCCCUCCGCGCCACCCCGGAAGAAUCUCCCUCCCCCGACCCCUCCCCCGACUCCGCAGACUUCGACUCCCGCCUCUCCAACAUCCGCCUCAAGUACAAAUCAGGCACCGGCAAAAAAGCCGAGGCCCGAAAAACCAGGAAGUCAGGGGGCAAGAAAGCUGGCAGCGGAGCUGCCAGCGUCUAUCUCCCACCGGUUCCGCUCAAGGAACCGGUGUCUGGCAAGAUGAAAGUGGAUUUCGGGUUCAGUCCCUAUUCAGAACGUAUUAAUGGCAGGGUGGCAGGGCUGGGAUUGGCUGCAUUGUUGCUUGUGGAGCUGGCCACUGGGAAGAGUGUGAUCAGAUAUCAUUCCCCGUCUAUUAUUUUCUUGCAGGUUUAUUUUGUGGCCAUGGCUACGGCUAUUUUUAUCAAGGCUGAGAAGGAGAAGAUCAGUGUGUGGCCACGAUCUUGAUAAUCAGACAUACUUAUAUCAUCUUUUUUUUACACACUCCUAUGUUGUAAUGUUGUACCGUGUGAUAUGAAUUUCACGAUUACCAUGUAAUUUAAAUUGGUUUUUUGAUUA